CGGAACGCUCCGCCCUGGGGCCCAGAACGAGCCAAUCAGGAUGAAGAAGAGCCGCAGCGUGCUGUCGGUGACUGGAGAAGAGGGCAAUGACACAGAUAUAACAGGUGCUGGGGAGAAGGCGGAGUCAUCUCGCUACAGCCGAUCCUAUACGUCCGGAGCCACACUGGGGGCUGAGCUACGCAGAGGGAGGAGCAGAAGACUCUCGUCUAGUCUCCAGGUACCCUGCUGGCUCCGCCCUCGAGACCGCACUCGCUCACCAGAAGUCUUGAGCAACGUGUCGCGUCCCACAACUCUUCCCCUCCGCAUCCCACCGCGCAUCUCCAUCACACAAGCAGACACUGACAGUUACGAAGCAGAAAAUGGCGUGUCUCCAGGUCACACCCCUCUGGGCUCGCAGAGUCCGGGCCUCACCCUGCACACCUUCCCCCAAGGUCAGAGAAGAGAGUCCUUCCUCUACCGCUCCGACUCGGACUACGACAUGUCGCCCAAGACCGUCUCACGUAACUCCUCCUUGGCCAGCGAAGGGCACACAGGAGAGGACUUUAUUGUCACACCUUUUGCUCAAGUACUGGCCAGUCUGCGAUCAGUACGGAGCAACUUCACCAUCCUUGCCAACGUCUCCACGCCGACAGUCAAGAGGUCUCCUCUGGGUGGAGUGUGUGUCAGUCCCAGGGCGACACUAUCAGACCAGCAGUACCAGCAGCUCGCCCUGGACACACUGGAGGAGCUGGACUGGUGCUUGGACCAGCUGGAGACCAUUCAGACGCAUCGCUCCGUCAGCGAAAUGGCCUCCAACAAGUUUAAGAGGAUGCUGAACAGAGAGCUGUCCCACCUGUCAGAGAUGAGUCGCUCUGGUAACCAGGUGUCUGAAUACAUCUCUAGCACCUUCAUGGACAAGCAGAACGAAGUGGAAAUUCCGUCUCCUACUCUGAAAGACAAACCGAUGAGUCACAUCAUAGGAGUGAGGAAACUGUCUCACAGCUCCAGCCUCUCCAGCACCUCAAUGCCUCGCUUCGGUGUCAACACAGACCACGAGGAUGAGCUUGCCAAGGAGUUGGAGGAUCUGGACAAGUGGAGUUUUAACAUAUUCAGAGUAGCAGAAUUCUCCAACAACAGACCUCUCAGUUGCAUCAUGUACGCCAUCUUUCAGGAGCGAGAGCUGUUGAAGACGUUUCGCAUCCCCGUUGACACCUUUGUCACUUAUGUGAUGACCCUGGAGGACCAUUACCAUGGAAACGUAGCGUACCACAACAGCCUACAUGCUGCAGAUGUCACCCAGUCCACACAUGUUCUCCUCUCCACACCUGCCCUUGAUGCCGUCUUCACUGACCUGGAGAUCCUCGCUGCUCUGUUCGCCGCAGCUAUCCAUGACGUAGACCACCCUGGAGUUUCCAAUCAGUUCCUCAUCAACACCAACUCAGAGCUGGCCCUCAUGUAUAACGAUGAGUCAGUCCUGGAGAACCACCACCUCGCCGUGGGCUUCAAGCUUCUGCACCAGGAGAACUGUGACAUUUUUCAGAACCUCACCAAGCGACAGCGCCAGAGCCUCCGCAAGCUCGUCAUCGACAUGGUGUUGGCCACAGACAUGUCCAAACACAUGACCCUGCUGGCUGACCUGAAGACCAUGGUGGAGACCAAGAAGGUGACCAGCUCUGGUGUUCUUCUCCUGGAUCACUACACAGAACGCAUACAGGUACUAAGGAACAUGGUGCACUGCGCAGACCUGAGCAACCCCACCAAGUCUUUGACGUUAUACAGACAGUGGACCGAGAGGAUCAUGGAGGAGUUCUUUCGACAGGGUGACAAAGAGCGAGAGAGAGGCAUGGAGAUCAGCGCCAUGUGUGACAAACACACCGCCUCUGUGGAGAAGAGUCAGGUGGGUUUCAUCGACUACAUCGUCCACCCGCUGUGGGAGACGUGGGCUGACCUGGUGCACCCAGACGCCCAGGAGCUGCUGGACACGCUGGAGGAGAACAGGGAGUGGUACCUGAACACCAUGCCCCAGUCUCCCUCACCUCCCCCGGACAGACACCUCCAGCACGACCGCUUCCAGUUUGAACUCACCCUGGAAGAGGAGGAAGAAGAGACAGGUGAGUUGGAAGAAGCAGAAGAGGGAGAGGAGGAGGAGGAGGCAGUUGAGGAUGAAAAUAAGGAGGAAGAAGAGGAGAGUUAGUUGACAGGAUCAGAGAGGAAACGCAGUUAACGAGGAGAUAAGAAGGAAAAACUACAUAAAGAGCGGCCGCGACAGUCAAUAACGUCUCUGCCGUGGAAGAGGAUGAGGAGAUGAAGACGUCCCCUUCUUUCAAGAUAACGCGCUCGGUCAUGUGACCCCUCUUAUCAUGUGACCCCUCUCAAGCUGAAGGCCAGCGUACGGCUCUGCUAACUACAACAAACUCACACAGCUCACAGAGAAACAUUUCAGACAAGCACCUGGACACAAAAACAAAAAAACCUCGCCGGAGCAUCCGCCUUCCCAGACAGACAGAUUGUUGAUCAGCUGGUAGUGAGUCUUCAUCACCUUGAUAUCUGUACACUCAUCACUGCCGUAGGGGAUAAACUAAACCGGGGAGGGAGGGAGGGAAACAGUUUUAUCGACUUUUUGUAGCGCCUGAAAAAUCUUAAAAACCCUGAACAUGCAAACAAGUGCGUGCCUGUCCUCCUGAUCUCAUCUGUCUCGUUUAUGAGGAAGAUUAACGCCACAUCAACUCUGAGAACAGCCGUCAAAAGAAUGUCAACUUCUUCUGUUUGUCAGAAAAGAAAGAGGGGAGAGAGAGGAGGAGGAAAAAAAGCAAAAAAAAAAAAAAAAAAAAAGUGUGGAAAGUGUAGUCUGUCGUCUUCUAUUUACUACAAAAAGAACUUUCCACUCGUGAACAGGAGUGCAGUCGCUCCUCUGGGCUACGGAGCAGUUUAACCUCCUCACAUACUAACCUUAAAACCACUGUUGUCGUUUGCAGUACUGUAAGAACAAGAACCAGGACCAAGUGCAGCUUUUUUUUUUUUUUUUUUUUUUUUAAAAAAAGGCUGACCCCAUCGUAUGUGUCGAUGUCGGUUCAUGUUUAAAAACAAACAAACAGACAAACAAACAAAAAAAACCACCCGGCGUUCUUCGCGCCGUCACAGCGGUUUUAAACACGACUCCCCCAAGACUGUGACCGUGACUCCCGGGUGAAUCGUGCCAAACCGUACGGCGACCAGCACUUGAGCAAUUCAGCCUUCCUCCUAACAAAAAAAAGGCGGCUAUGAAGCAAUGAAUU